AUGUACUUCCCCAGUUUACGUUUCAAACAAGCGAUGGUCAGCUCUUCUGUACACCCGAGCCCGAGCACGCAGCAGGAGCACGAGUCUCGACCAGGUCGACCGCGAAACAAAAGCAAAUUGGGCUGUCGAGAAUGCAAGACAAAGCGGGUCAAAUGCGACGAGGCCUAUCCGACGUGCAAGCGGUGCCAGCGUCAAGGACUUGUCUGUUCGUCAGUCCCGCGGUUGACACAGUGGCAAGUUGAGACGCCGUGGCUCUCACUGCAGCCCAAAACGCAUGUCAAUCGACGACUACUACAGUUUUGGCUGGAGAAAGCCAGCCAAGCGCUUGUUAUAGAUCCUGAAAACAAUCCAUUCUCGUUCUCUAUUUUGAAACACGUUGCCCAAUCACCUGCACUUCUUCAUGCCAUCCAGUCCGUCAGUGCCAGCCAUGAGCAGUACUUCCCGGCCAAGACCCCCAUUCUGGCCCUUGAGGAACGUGGCAAAGCCAUAGUUUGCCUUCGAAGAGAGAUUAAUCAGAUCCAACGCGCUCCUUACACCCAAUUUCUGACCAUCAUGCUGCUGGCACUGAUGCAAAUUGCUGAUCAUGACCCGAAAGAUUAUGGCAAACAGCAUUUAUUUGGUGCCCGCACCUUGAUCAACAAUAUGCUCCAAGACACAUCCAUGUUGACGACUAAUGACCCUGUGUUUCGACUUUGCCUGGGAAGCUAUCUUUACUGGGACAUGUGCAGUUCAUUCUUGGUAGAGCCAUGCGAACCACAGGGUCUCGACCUAUCUACCCUAUCCCUCGCGGUGCACAGGAUGGGGGACUGGCACCAUCCAAUGUACGGAACAUGUAGCCGACUACUUCUUAUCAUAGCGAAUAUCGGACGAUAUUGCCGACAGAUUCAUGAUAUGCCACAGAACCGCAACCCCAUGCAAGAAGCCAUACUGGAGGCCCAGCUUCGUGCCUGGACGACGAGUCCCCCAAAUCCAGACCUGGGCCACUUAUAUGAAGCGUUCCGCAACCACGGGCUGGUUUUCAUUUAUCGAUCUCGUGCGCAUGCACAGAGAGCUUGUCCCACGGAUCCGGAUGUGGCUGAAUCACAAGAGCCUUUGAUCCUACAAUACGCCGAACAGACAAUCCGCCAUCUGAUAUCAAUUCCUGAGUCGUCGAACUAUCUUAACUUCCAAUCUCUCCCUCUUCUCACAGCCGGAUCCGAACUGAACGAGUCGAAUGGCUUCUUGCGCGAUCAAGUGCGUGGCAGGCUUCGAGCCAUCUACUCUUUGAAUCGCCUGCCGGCAAAUCUAAUGGCCCUUCAACUCGUCGAAGAUCUCUGGGACACCCGAGACAGUGGGAACCCCUCUUUCUGGCUAUCGCACACGCUGCAGAAGGAUUGGCGGUUGCUUCUUGGAUGA